GUCAGAAGUACGCAGACAGGAGUGGUACAGAACACUGACCAUUUUUUUUCUCUUGUAUACUGUUUCAUGGACCGUAGGUUGUGGUGACAGAAUCAUCUGUAGUAGCGUAAUCCGAUGUAUAGGUGUGGUUGUAAGCAUAUCGCCAAAUCCAAGGUAUAGACAAACUAAAGCCAAAUCAAAUGGGCAAAACAGCUCGGGUUGUGAUGUGUGGUUUAAGAAAAGUUGGAAAAACAGCAGUACUGGAACAACUAAUUUAUGGAAACAUUUCAAAAUCCACUGAGUUGCAUUCAACAAUAGAAGACAUAUAUGUAGCCAAUAUUGAAACAGAUCGUGGUACAAGAGAAAAGGUCCGGUUCUACGAUAUAUGUGGCUUAGAUCAACCACUUCCAAACAGUCCAGCAUCACGAGAUCAACCGCAGUUGCCACGACAGUAUUUUGGACUUGCAGAUGGCUAUGUUUUGGUCUAUGAUACUGACAGACCAGAGUCUCUUGAUGCCCUGAUUGCAUUAAAAAAGGAUAUAGACAGGAACAGAGAAAAGAAAGAGAUGGUGCUAGUAGUUAUUGGAAAUAGAAUUAAACAGUCAGAAGUUGGCAAUCUAGAGAAUACUGCCAGUAAGGCAGCUCACUGGGCUGCAAGGGAGAAAAUAAAGCAUUUUGAAGUGAAUGCCAUGGAUAGGAGCACUCUGUUUGAACCUUUCGUGUACCUUACAUCAAGACUCAACCCACCACCAAAUAAAAGCACUUUCCCACAGUUGAGCAUGGUUAGGAAAAGUAUUGGAAGGCCUGACACGAAUUAACAGCACUGUUACAUUGGUGUAAUUAUCCUAAGAACUGGAUAAAUUUAUACAGCAUUUACUACCAGCUUGCUUUUUUCUGCUGGAGCCAGUACAGCAGUUGACUAAGAGAUGUGUAUUUUGUCUAGCUAAUAUAGAGCUACUCUCAGACCUAUCAUUUAAAAAUGUUGUAUUAGCCCACCAAAUGUUUUUUGCAAAUGUUGCAGAUCUAGAAGGUUAUUGUUUUGUGUUGAGCUCAGCAGCUCAUUUUCAACAGAAGGGAGAAUGGUGGGAUAAGCAUGAGAUUUACAGUAUUGGCAAAGAGUGUAACUGGGUGUUAUUGUUUCAUUUUUUUAUCUUGUGAAAAAAAAUUGCAUAAUAAAACUAAAACAUUCAUCUGUUCUGCUUUUACGCUUCUUGUUAUUGGUUGGGUCUUCAUUCCAUAUUCACUAUAUUAUUGAAUGUAAUAGAGGGAAACAUUCCACAUGGGAAAAAUAUAUCUAAAAAGAAAGAUGAUGAGACUUACCAAACAAAAGUGCUGGCAGGUCGAUAGACACACAAACAUACACACAAAAUUCAAGCUUUCGCAACAAACGGUUG